AUGGAAACGGAAGCUUUUAAAUUUUGGACCGACAUUUUCGAUACUACAUUAUUAGAUUCAUACAGAAAUGAAAGAAAAGAGCUUCAAAAGGCUGCCAUGUUGAUAACGGCUUUCCAAAUUGAAAUAAAAAAUGUACAACAGAGUUUUGAAAAAGAAUUUUCGAUUUUAAGAGAGCAAUUAAAACGGAAAGAUGAAAUUGAAGAAAAAGUUAAAUCUCUACCAGCUGAAAAUGAUUGUGUUCAAAAUUCAAACUUAAAUGAUGAUAUAACUGAGUUAGACACCAACAUAUCUUUGCAAAAUAGUGAUUUAGAUACUCCCGAUAUAUUUGCGAACAGUUCUACUAGUAAUAAAUCUUCAAAUUCUGAAGUUAUAGACAUUACUUUAUCGGAUGUGGAUGCUACAAAUUUGGAAAACAGUCCAACUUUAGUAUCUAAGAGGAAAAAUAAAUCUAAGAGGCAGACAAAGAAAAUCUAUGGUGAUUUAAAGAAAAACAUAUUUAAGGAAGUAGAUAAAGAAAAUUCGAUGUUGGUGGAAUGUACGCCAGAAGUCAAAGUAAAAAAACGUACUAGUAAUAAUGGUUUCUUAUCAAAGAAAAUAAAAAAGAAAUCUACUUUGACCCAGAUGUUUUCAGAUAUUUCUAAAAGUACUAAAAAUAUUUUUAUCAGUAAUCAAUCAGAAUUUGAUGAAAAUCAAACCAACAGCAACAAUACAACAUAUCUCAAAGAAGACACCACAGAACUAGGUAUAACCAGGCUUCUAAGCUACAUAAACAAAGACGAAAAUGAAAAUCCUGUUCAAAAUGACAAUAGUGUGGAAGAUGAAAUGGAUUCUGCACAAGAUGUUGAUGAAUUUUCCAAAGGAAUUCUGUUCGAUGAAGAAAGUCCUGUACAAGGCUCACCAAAUAAGAAAUUUAAACCAUGUGAAUCAUUGGUAGAACCGGGGUUGAGAGGCAAAGCUAAGAAAAUGUUGAAAGGGUUUUCUUGUGAUAAGUGUAGAUAUUUUUACGGAGCUAUGAAACUGUCUCCCAAAGAGUUACAAAAAAGAAUUGACGAAUGUUCUAAUCAUAGAUAUAAAUAUAAUCCUCCUGAAGACACUUUUGAAGGAAUAUGGGAUUUAACGAUCCCAGAGGAGAAAGUUAAAAAGAAAUAA